CUGGCAGAGGCGCGAGGCCCUUCGCCCGCCUCUCCGCCUACUCCAGCCUCCGCCGCCUCAGCUUCCCGAGCGAGCCCUACGGCCGCCGGAGCAGCUCCCGCGGCGGAGCAGGAGCCGGAUGGUCAGAGGAGCCCGGCAGCCCCAGCAGCCGCGGAGUCGCCUGGCCCCAAGACUGACUGGCACAGUGGAGAAACCACCUCGAAAACGGAAAAGCAGGACUGAAUUUGCUCUUAAAGAAAUCAUGUCCUCUGGAGGUGCUGAAGAUGACAUCCCACAGGGAGAGAGGAAAACAGUUACAGAUUUUUGUUACCUUCUGGAUAAAUCUAAGCAACUGUUCAACGGGUUAAGAGAUUUGCCACAAUAUGGGCAGAAGCAGUGGCAGUCUUAUUUUGGAAGAACUUUUGAUGUUUACACCAAACUCUGGAAGUUCCAGCAGCAGCACCGACAAGUCUUGGAUAAUCGGUAUGGCUUGAAGCGGUGGCAAAUAGGGGAAAUUGCUUCUAAGAUUGGGCAGCUAUACUACCAUUAUUACCUGCGCACAUCUGAGACCAGCUAUCUGAAUGAAGCUUUCUCCUUCUAUUCUGCAAUCAGACAAAGAUCAUAUUAUUCUCAAGUCAAUAAAGAGGACAGACCUGAGUUGGUAGUUAAGAAGCUACGAUACUAUGCAAGAUUUAUAGUAGUUUGUCUUCUUCUCAACAAAAUGGAUGUUGUAAAGGAUCUGGUGAAGGAACUCUCGGAUGAAAUUGAAGAUUAUACUCACCGCUUUAAUACUGAAGAUCAAGUGGAAUGGAACCUGGUGCUUCAAGAAGUAGCAGCUUUCAUUGAGGCAGACCCUGUGAUGGUAUUAAAUGAUGAUAAUACCAUUGUUAUCACGUCUAAUCGCCUUGCUGAAACAGGAGCCCCAUUGCUGGAACAGGGCAUGAUUGUGGGACAGUUGUCUCUGGCUGAUGCACUCAUUAUUGGUAAUUGUAAUAACCAGGUUAAGUUCAGUGAACUAACUGUUGACAUGUUCCGGAUGUUACAAGCCCUGGAAAGGGAGCCAAUGAAUUUAGCUUCCCAGAUGAAUAAACCAGGAAUGCAGGAAUCAGCUGACAAGCCUACCAGGCGAGAAAACCCCCACAAGUACCUGCUCUACAAACCAACAUUCAGCCAACUAUACACAUUCUUAGCAGCAUCUUUUAAGGAGCUGCCUGCCAAUAGUGUGCUUCUGAUUUACCUGUCAGCCACUGGCGUUUUCCCCACAGGUCGUUCUGAUAGUGAAGGUCCUUAUGAUUUUGGAGGGGUACUUACUAAUAGUAACCGGGAUAUUAUAAAUGGAGAUGCCAUCCACAAACGAAAUCAAUCCCACAAGGAAAUGCACUGCCUUCAUCCUGGAGAUCUCUAUCCUUUCACAAGGAAGCCCCUGUUCAUCAUUGUGGAUUCAUCCAAUAGUGUUGCGUAUAAGAAUUUCACAAACUUAUUUGGACAGCCACUAGUCUGCUUGCUUUCUCCUACAGCAUAUCCAAAAGCUUUACAAGAUCAAUCUCAACGAGGUAGCCUCUUCACUCUCUUUUUGAACAAUCCUCUAAUGGCCUUCCUAUUUGUCUCUGGAUUGUCAAGCAUGCGUAGAGGCCUAUGGGAAAAGUGUCAAGAAUAUCUUCGAAAAAUCAACCGCGAUAUUGCCCAGCUACUGACCCAUUCACGUUCAAUAGAUCAGGCAUUUCUCCAGUUUUUUGGAGAUGAAUUUCUUCGCUUGCUUCUCACAAGAUUUAUCUUUUGUUCAGCCACCAUGAGGAUGCACAAGAUUUUUCGGGAAACACGAAAUUAUCCAGAAUCAUAUCCACAACUGCCAAGGGAUGAAACAGUGGAGAACCCUCACCUCCAGAAGCACAUUUUGGAAUUAGCAUCCAUUCUGGAUGUGCGAAACGUGUUCCUUGAGAAUACCAUAGAUGACUAUUAGAACAAAAAUCCUCUGUUGAAACAAGUUUUCAUUUGCCACAGAUUUUAAAUGGUGCAGUUUUCUAAUGUGAUGACAGACACAUAGUGGUGUUAUUUAGUUUUUAUUUUUCAAUUUAGGACCACCAUUUUAAAAACAAGCUGAAAAAAAUUGUUCAAACUUUUAGGGUAACUGUUUUAAAAUACAAUGUUUCAGGUCUUUUAAAAACUCAAUCUUGGAAUUUUUAUUUUUUGGUUUUGAGGUAUGGAUGCUUACCUCUAACAUCUGAUCCUACACUCAUAUAGUCACUAUUCUCACCCUGAGAAGAGUAAAUCAUUUAUUUUUGUAUAAUGAGGAAAACCCAACUCUUAUACUUGGACCUUAAAUGUGUGGAUUUGGAAAAUAUGUAAUUGUUCACAAAUAUGAAACUAGCCAGCAAGGACUACUAAGAAUCAAGAACAGAGCGCUUCCAUAAUAUUUCUUUUCAUUCCAAGUUAGUAGAUAGAAAAAUGUGUGAUUCUUUGAAGCCUAAUCAAGAUAGUUCUUUUUUUUUUUUUCUUUUUUUCUUUUUUCGGUAUGAGGGCCUCUCACUGCUGUGGCCUCUCCCGUUGCGGAGCACAGGCUCCGGAGGCGCAGGCCCAGCCGCUCCGCGGCAUGUGGGAUCCUCCCGGACCGGGGCACGAACCCGUGUUCCCUGCAUCGGCAGGCGGACUCUCAACUACUGCGCCACCAGGGAAGCCCAAGAUAGUUCUUAAAAGCAUUUAAUUCGUUUAAAUGCUGUCAAAGUUUCAGUAACUGUAUAGGAUUGAUUUGCAUCUGAAAAGCUGAAUCUUUAAUUGAGGUCUUGAGAUGAUACAUAUCAUUUGGAAUGUGUGAGUCCUGUGUUAUCAUGAGAUAUGUUUGCAUAUUUUGUUUUCUUUGUAUUCUUUGAAUGCUGGAAGUGAAAAAGAACAACUUUUAAAUCUUUCAGUCAAAAAAUCAGGUUGUCGUUUUCAUAAUACAGUGUUUCCAUAGGAAUUCCAUUUAAACUUUUAUUAAUUAAUGAGAUCCAGUUUAAAGACUGUCUAGGUUGAGGUCUGUGGUAUACAGUAGAGAGUUUGUAAUCUUUUUGCCUGGUUCAGAUUUAUGAAACUUCAGAGUUGUUACUAAUUUUAGUUGAGGGUAACUGAAUUGUUAUAUAAUUAAAAUGGAAGUUGCUUUUGCAUUGACAAUUUGGAAAUUAGGUUUUUAAAAACUCCUUAUAUUUACUAUUUUAUAUUUCAUGCACAAGAUUUUUAUUAUUUUAUAUAGGGUUCAGUGUAUCAUAUAAAGAUUUUUGUGUUUUUUCUUCCCUUUCAUCCUCUUCAUAAUUUUACAGGUACUAGCUAUGAUUUCUUUCCCCUCUUUUGACUCCCCAGCAUUCAAGUUCAGAAAUCGUUGAAUCAAAAGCCCUUCUACCUAAUUUUCUGUACAGGCUCACAACUCUACCUCUGGCAGUCCCAGGGGAAAUGAGGUGUUUGCUUUUGGUGCCUCUUUCCUAUGUCCCUAGGGAAAUUUUACUGUAAUAUUUUUAACUUGGUUUUUAUUUCUAACAUACAGAAUUAUUUUGGUCUAAGUUAUUCAUAUAUGUGUUCCAAUUUGUUGGUUUUUCAUCUGAAGUCUUGAAGUUAUUGUUCUUGGGUUUGGGAGACUUUGUGGGUUUUUUAAUUAAUUUUUUAAAAGUCAUUUUUGUUUGUUCUUUUAAACAUUAUUUCAGAAGGCUUUGGAAAAGUUACCCUGGAGAGGGAUUUCCUUUGCUAGUGGGUUUUUAUUAUCAGAUAAAGACUGCUUUCCUUUUUUUUUCCCCCCAGUACCUUAAUAAACUUCAUAGCUUUCCUUUCAUAACAGUGUUCACCUGAACCACAGCAAUAGACUGUCCUUAGUUAUCUGACCUCUUGUUUCAAUUCCCUGGAAGUUCUGUGCCAGUACUAGCAACACAUAUUCUCCUGUUCUCUGAUGCUUAAAAUAAAUAUUUGUCAUCCUGAGCUUUAUCCUCACUUGAUUAACAUAAAGAACACUGGCUUGAGAAUUAGGAGACCUGAGUUCUAAUCCUGGCUUUCCUGGUAACUAGCUUUAUGCCCUUUGACAAGUGUCUUCAUGUCUCUGCUUUUUAGCACUCUCAUCUGUAAAAUGAAGGCAUUGGCCCAAGGUUCUGUCCAAUUCUGUGGUUCUAUAAUUUGAACUCUUGGUUCCAAAAGAUAUUGAUUUUCCCACCCCUGCCACCUGGAAAAUUGGUUUCCCUUAUUUUAGUAUAUACAACAUUUUCUUUUCUAUAUCCUUUUUACCUAGUUUUUGUUCAAGAAAAUAUCUGGGUCCCACUUAGUUGUUGUAGAAACUAGUUCAGAGAGAGAAUCUCCAGAAGAAAUUGGAGCUUUUGUUAUUAGUAACGUGUUUGUCUAAGAACAAGGGGUCUUGGAACUCACAGCUAGUGUUUAGAUGAUGACCUUGCUCCUCAAGUUAAUAGUAGUGUAAUUCCUUACUGGUGGUUAAAAAUUUAAAGUGAACUAAAGUAAUCUUGAGAGGAAAACUGUGCUGGAAAAUUCUAAACUAUUGUUUCAUUCAUGCCUUUAAAAAAAUGUGUAUUGAGCAACGCUAUACUCCAGAUUUUGUCCUAGGCAUUGGUGAAACAGACAACGUAGACUUAAAAGUCCUUGUUUUCAUGAAGCUUAUAUUCUAGUAGGAGGAAUCAGGCAAUAAAUAUAAUAAAUAAGUAAAUUUAUGUUAGAAAGUUUUAAAUAGUAUGAAGAAAAUUUAGAGCGUGGCAAGGGAAAUUUUUCGUUUGUUUUUAGGCAGAAAAUAAUGUUUCAGUGAGUGAUCGGGGUAGGCCUUAUUGUGAAGGUUACAUUUGUGCAAACACUUGUAUUCCUUUGUUGUUGUUUUUUUUAACUUUUUGUUAAUGAAAAUUUAAAACAUACACAGAGUUUAAUGAACCUUGUAUACCCAUUACCCAGCUUCUACAUUUUAAGACCUUACUUUAAUUGAGGAAGAGGAAAUGAAAAAGGACCAUCACUCAAUGGGCUCAAGAUGGCAAUGGCAGAGAAUCUUAUUUUCUCAAUAUAUACUGUUCCCCUUUAUGAAUAUUAAAAUGUUAAACCCUUUAUUUAUUUUUAGAAUUCAUAGAAAUUUAAAUUUUGGAACUAAGAACAAAGCAAAACAAUGGCAAAGGGCACUUCUUUGCUUUCAAAUUGCACAAACUCCCCCCUGGAGAUUCUGAUACAGUGUCUCACCUCACCUAAGAACCACUGUAAACAAAAUAGUGUAAGAGUGCAAGAAGUCAGUUAUGUACAAAACAAAAUUAAGCACAAUGGAAUUGUUCUCUCUUUCUUUGUCCGUAUAUUUCUGAAGUUGAUAAAGCGACUAUCUUCCCUAAUUUACAGAAGAGAAAGCUGAGACCCCAAAAAACUCAGUUUUUUUCCAUAAAGAUGGAGCUAGAACUAAAACUCAAAUCUCCUAAUCUCAGCCCAGUCUUUCCAGUAGCUCAGGUUGCUUUCUAUAAUGAACAAGAAAGGAAUAAUUAGAGAUUUAUAUUUUGGCACAAAAGCUAUGGUAUUUUUUUAAUAUAUCAAAUAUUGAAACCAGUAAAUCAAUCAGCCCCAGCAAAUUUUAAUUUAUUAUUUAUAAAAAAAUCCACAAGUCAGACAUUUUAUCUUUGAUUUUAGCCAGUGUAUAUCCUUUGUGUAUGUGUGUGUGUGUGUUUUCUUCCUAGGAAGUGGUGCUCUCAAAAACCUCUCAAAGCACAUAGAAUUUAUUGUACCCUUUAUAUUUUUACCAAGUUGAAAUGUUUUGAGAUUAUAAAAGCAAAGUGCAAUCUAGUCGUGACUGAAAUUUUCCUGGUAAAGGAUCUGGGUUUUAUUUUUUCUCACUUGUGGCUACUAUGCUUUGUCUUCUUCUUGCAGUAGUAUUCCCUGAGACAGAUUAGGUGGUGAUUGAACUGAAUUUCUUUGAGGUAAAGGGAAAAACAACAAAUCCAAUGUAUAUAUUAAUUAUGAGAGCUUUCAUUAGCAUUUUUCUCCAAGUUUAAUCUCUGACCUGUGUGAGUUAGUAACUUUCUGUCUCUUAGAAGGGUUUUGGACUCUUGAAAAAUCCACAGAGACUUGUAAUCAGUCUGAUAUACAGAGAAUAUUCUGGACAGGAAAUAUAGUAAGGUACUAAGGUCUGCAAACUUGGCUACUGCCUGUGAUGCAGAACCACCUCCCCAUCCUAAGUGAGUAAAAAGAUUUGAUAUGAAUAUGAAUGGUAUGAAUCUCCUGGUGAUAUUUUGGGUGUAUAUGUUCCUGUAUGUUUGUUUGGAGAGUAUUAAGGAUAUUUACAUUGAGGGCUCUUUUGUUGUCCUUAUUUAUUUGAAAUUCUUAUUUUAUUUGCAGUGGCAUGUAUAUAUUUUCAUGAUGCUGAAUCUCUGUGUAUACUUUUUGUAUAUAUGUACAUAUUUGUAAAUAUAUGGUAUGCAGAGAUACAGUAUGUGUAUAUUAUAUACCCAUACCCAUUGUGGGCUGAAUUUAUUUAAGUUCUGUGAGGACAUCAUGGUGGCAUUGUUCAUGCUGCUGUAAUUAGGUUGUGGCUGUAUCUCAAUCGUGAGCCUCUAUUUUGAGGGGCUUGUGUUUGGGUAAAAUGGACUAAUUUGGAGUUGAAAUUAGGACAUGAAGAUCUUAACAGAAAGCUGGAUAUUCUUAGCUUUAAAAUCAUCUGCCAAUUUCCAUUUAAACUGAUGAUAAAUUAGUGAUAUGAACCUGAAAAACCUAAGUAUGUGAAACUGAGACACCAGCAGGUUCUUAAGCUAUAUUAGUACUUUAUUUUCUUGCCUGUAGUUGGGUAUUAUUUCUUAGUAACAUAUGUAUUUAUAUUGAGAAUCAAGGGGCAGUGGAAAAAAUUACUUUGAUCACAUUUCAAAAUAGAUAGGAAAAUGUCCUUUAAGUAGGGAAAUAUGUUCCUAGUUGCCAUUUUUUUUUUUUUUCCCUAGUUGCCAUUUUAAUGCCUGAUACCACAGUUUAAUUUGGGAACAAUUUUUUUUCCACCAGUGUGUCUCAUCUUACCUCUGUGAGGCAGAAAAUGGAGCAUUAGGUAGAGGAGGGCUUUACCUAGGUAGGGUCGAAUUUAAUGAGGAACAAGAGGUUGAUAACCUUUAUAUUUGCAGCAGCUGUGAUUAAUUUAGUCCUGUCUUGGCAUUUCUAACGAGAGAUUUUUCUAAUUGGAACUGCAUAUCAAAGAUGAGUAUGCUUAUCUGAGAAAAUGCUUCCAGUGAAUAAAAUGCCUCCAGUUGUAUUUCUUUGUCUCUAUGAGACCACUGUGUUCUGCAAAUGGAUACAUUCACACACGAAGUAGGAUUCUUAAUAUUAGGUGCAUGGCAUGCUAUAAAAGUGGGGCCUUCAAACCUCUACCAAGAAUGACAGGUAGGGGAGGAUAAGAGGAUAGUAAAUAUGUGCAGUGCCAAUUUGUGAACCUAUGGAAUAUCACAGAGAUCAAUAUUCGGUUACUCGGGUCUUCACUGGGCAUGUUUAUUUGCACGGAAGAGUGUAGGAGAUAUUUAAUAUACACUUGAAUACAUUCACCACAAAAAUUAAGUAGGGGUUAUUUUUUUGCUUGAUAAAAUAUAACUGCAAACAACUAUUUACCCCAUUAUUCUUCAGAAGAUUAAAUCUAUCUGAUCCAAUUUUAAAUUAUCUUAAAGAGAAAAGUCAGGAGUCAUUUCUACUGUCCUCCAAAAUGUUACGUUUGCCUCUUCAUUGUAUUUUUAAUAUGUCAGCCAAGUAUUCAUAACACUUCUCAAUUACAAUGUUAAAUUUUAAAUAAAGUUGUAAUAGCCUUUUUCUUAAAUACAUAUUAAAAUUUGGUGAUGUAUUCUUUCUGAGAAAAUCAGUGAAAACGUUCAUAGUGUCUGAUGUUCGAGUUGUUUUAGUAACCAAAUCAUUUAUUGCAACUGGAGAGUAGCAGAGCAGAUGUUAUGCUAUUUAAAAUUCAUGGAACUGACUCAUGCUUAAUGUGGACAUUGAUUUGAGGAGAGCAGCAGCAUUUAGAAGUGUAGUAGAUGAGACUGACAUUGUGAAUAUGACCUCUGACUCUCUAACAGUCAGGUUGCAAUUAAAUAAGAAUUGCUUAGAAAACCAAGUCCUCUCUCCCCCUAUUCUCCUGCAGUCUUAGACAUGGAUACUUUAUACCUGUUCAUGCUGUACCUCCAGUUCUUUCCUGGAUACUGUGACCACUUUACCUUAAAAAACAAUUUUAUUAAGGCAGUUCAUCUUCCUCAAACGAGAAUUUCAAAACAUAAUAAUUACACUGUGUCCCAGCUUCACUGAAUUUUUGAACGCAGAGAUUUAUUAAACAUGCCUUGUGUUUAAGGAAGGAUAAUUGAUGUGUGAAUGGAAUCAAUCACCUAUUGAAGGGAAGGAUGUCAGGAUGAUGUAGGGGGACAUGCCCUUAAAUGGGUAAAGAUAAAUGUAUUAAAUCAAGUGUAACUAAUUUGUUGAUGCCAUAGAAAUAUUUCCUUUGGAAUUCUGUAGAUAUGAAAUGUUUUCUUAAGCUAAAAUUGAUAUUUUUAACUUAGUUUGGUGUAAUAUUGACUUUUAAGAAGAAUUCCAUUUCGAUAUAACGUUGUUAAUCACUGACUGAAGCACCAUUUCUUAAUUUAAAAAUAUUUUUGUUAAUUUGUGUUUUUUUAAAGUUAUAUUUUAAAUUAUCAAACUAUUCUAAGCAGUAUGAUUUUUUAAAAAACAUAUUUGAACAGUGCUUUCAGAGUUUUUUAGCAGUUUGAGGUAUACUAAUUCUGCACUCCAGAUUCACUUAAUCAUAAAGCCUGAAUUUGGUCAUAGAACAGACUAUAAAUUGGGAAUAUUUUCCUAUUUUGGUGAACAAUUCCAGUCUACAUCCCAAGACAAUCAUCUUUUUAGGUGUAGUAUUGUUUAUUGAGACAUUGGUAAUUUUAGGGUUGAGUUUUUUUACUUUUCUGAUAGGCUUAUGGAAUGAAGAUUAAUAGAAUGAGUGUUUAUGUCACUUCAGAAUGAGAUGGGGAAUUAUAGCUAGCCUUCCUUUAGGUAUGCAGUAAACAUUAUUUAAAAUUUUAUAUUACUAAUAUUCUUUUUUUUUAAUUUAUUUUAUUUUUGGCUGCGUUGGGUCUUCGCUGCACGCAGGCUUUCUCGAGUUGAGUUAGCAGGGGCUACUCUUUGUUGCGGUGCGCGGGCUUCUCACUGCAGUGGCUUCUCUUGUUGCGGAGCACGGCCUCUAGGCAUGUGGGCUUCAGUAGUUGUGGCACGUGGGCUCAGUAAUUGUGGCUCACAGGCUCUAGAGCACAGGCUCAGUAGUUGUGGCACAUGGGCUUAGUUGCUCUGUGGCAUGUGGGAUCUUCCUGGGCCAGGGGUCGAACCCGUGUCUCCUGCAUUGGCAGGCAGAUUGUUAACCACUGCGCCACCAGGGAAGCCCUAUAUUACUAAUAUUCUUUUCUCUUUUGAAACUGUCAUGAAUGUCCACUUAUCUGUGAUUGAAAAUUAAGAUUUGUAAACAUUACAAUUUGACCCAUAAGUCUUUUCAAACAUCAAAUCAGUAAAAUGGUUUGAUAUUUUCAAACAUCAAACCAUUGUAAAAUGUGAAAUGAUCAUAUAUGAUAAUCCCAAGAGUAAAUAUUUCCAAACAUAUAGAAAUAAACACUAUUUAAAUUAAAAAAUCUAUUCCUACCCUUCUUUGCAUGUUACUGACUUUUUUUUAAGAUUACAGGUAUGUGUUGUAAUGUAUUAAAAAUCUGCAGGAAAAAUUGCUUCAAAUGUUUUAGGGCAAUGAGAAUUUUUAUUUACUAUUUCUUGCAGAAUGAGUUUUUAAAAAAACUUUUGUUUCUUUUUUAUUAAAAAGAACUCAAUCGUUCAGUAAAAUAUUUUAGGACUUUGUGUUUGUGACUUUUUAUAGUUAUCUGGUUACAUUCCUUUCAUCACAUAGAUCAUGUGACUAGUUCUCCAGCUGUUUUUUAUUUGUUGUUUUUAAUAAACCUUGCCACUCAACAAUCAAGAGAUACAUUUUGGAGGCUUCUUCCUGUCAAAGUAGAAAGGUCUUAGGUAAUAGGAAAGGCAGAUGCAAUGUCCUACCAUUUUCAUAGUAGAGUUUACAAAUGAAGGAAUUUAUCCAAAUAGGUUUAUCUUCACUGUGUAGCACCAGUAAAAAUAGUGGUUUCACUAAUCAUUGAAUGUGAUGAAGCAGUUUUAAAUCAUUUCCUACUUAGCUCUAAAGAAUUUUGUCAUUUCAGGCCACAUUAUUAUUUUCUCUGAGUAGUUUCCAUUGUAAGGUUGAAUACCUUUUUCUUUAUUCAAGUCAUCACUAAAGGUUAAGAUAAUCAAAUAGGAGUUAAAAUAAGUUAUAUUUGGUCUUUUUUCCCUGAAAAUAAUGGUGAAUCUAUUGUCUAUAUUAUGGAUAUUAGGCAGAAAUGCACUUGUUUCAAUCAUAGCAGAAAUUACAUUUGGAGAAUAUAAUUACUUGAUUUCCUAGUGGUGUGAAAUACUUUUUAAAAAUUGUGCUUGUCUGUAACUGAAAUGUUAUAGAAUUGUAACACUAUAAGGAUUAUAGAGGUAUAUUUAUUAGCUCUCUUUGAGAGGUUGAAGCACAAUAAUUUUCACGUAACAGUUCUUAUCCAAGUGCUGCUAAUCUGUCGUGCAAAUAAUGAAGCUAUUUGGUUGCCUAUCUAGCUAUUCACAAAUCACUGUAAUCCUUGAAACGUAGUCUUGUUGCUCAUUUGUAUUAAAUUUUGGGUAUUGUGGGUUAAUACUUUAGAACAAAAUCCAUCAACUCAGCUCUGUGAGACAAGAAACCAUUUGGAUUCACUAGUUUUAUGUGUUCUCAGUAGAAUUAAAUUUGAAGGGGCUAUUUACCACCAAUGACUAAGGGGGAAAAUUAUAUUGUCAAUAUCAUUUGACUUGAACAACUGUGGUAUUGUAAAAGUCUUACCUGUUGUGUUUCUAAAUUGCUUAAGCCAUACAUACUCUUAAGGAUGUUUUCCUAUUGUGUUCCUUUUCAGCAGCCUUUUUCUGCUUUGUCUGUUAUGGCUAAUAUGUCAUAGACUUUAGAAAUUGAGAAGUUAUCAAAACAUUUUAUUUUCUUGAUCAUCACUUUUGACUCUUGUAUGGUACGUGAUUUGUCAUAAAGGAUAGCAAGCCUUUCACUACUUAAGUAAAUGAAUAUCAGAGUAAACACUGUGAUUCUGCAGAGCAGAUUCAGUAGGCCCUUGUCUUUUCCAAUGUUUUCUUCUGUUAUAUGGUGCCUACCACCUUGAGGGCUCUUAAAUAGUAGAGGAUGGAGAGUUAAACAUUGUUUUGAUGUUUAUUGAAUAACAAGAUUACAGAAUAUUUGAUUUUUGUUGUCAGUGUAUUGAAGACAUUUUUGCAUUGAUAAAUGUUCUCUCUAGGAAUGUGAUUACAUUCAUCAGGUGUGAACUCUUGUAAAUGAAUUUUGUAUCUUGAAUUCACGUAUAUAUUAAGUGUAUCAUCGAUAUAAAAAUAAACAUUAUUUGCUUAAA